CCGCGGUCGCUGGCGGUGGAGCGCAGACGAGCGGAAUUUUUCCUCUGAACAUCCGCUGCUCAGUUCAGCUGCUGUCCAGACCCGGGUCGGCUAAAGUGCCGCGUCCAGCCAUUCUCCUACCGCUCGCCCGUCAGUUUGAGCGCCCCUAGCCCUCCUGCGAGGGCGCCCCGGGACGGAAGGAUCCACCAGCCUGUCGGCGCCCGCCGUUCUCGUGGUCGCCGUCGCCGUCGUCGUGGUGGUAGUCUCUGCCGUCGCCUGGGCCAUGGCCAAUUACAUCCACGUUCCGCACGGCUCCCCGGAGGUGCCCAAGUUGGACGUCACGGUUCAGGAUCAGGAGGAGCAGCGCUGCCGGGAGGGGGCCCUCAGCCUCCUGCAACACCUGCGGCCGCACUGGGACCCUCAGGAGGUGACCCUGCAGCUUUUCACAGAUGGAAUCACAAAUAAACUUAUUGGCUGUUAUGUGAGUAAUACAAUGGAGGAUGUAGUCCUGGUGCGAAUUUAUGGCAAUAAGACUGAGUUGUUAGUUGAUCGAGAUGAGGAAGUGAAGAGUUUCCGAGUGUUGCAGGCUCAUGGCUGUGCACCGCAACUCUACUGUACCUUCAAUAAUGGACUGUGCUAUGAAUUUAUACAGGGAGAAGCAUUGGAUCCAAAGCAUGUCUGCAACCCUGCUAUUUUCAGGCUAAUAGCACGUCAGCUUGCUAAAAUCCAUGCUAUCCAUGCACACAAUGGCUGGAUUCCCAAAUCUAAUCUAUGGCUAAAGAUGGGAAAAUAUUUCUCUCUCAUUCCCACAGGAUUUGCAGAUGAAGACCUUAAUAAAAGGUUCUUAAGUGAUAUCCCAAGCUCUCAGAUUCUUCAGGAAGAAAUGACUUGGAUGAAGGAGAUGCUUUCCAACCUGGGCUCACCUGUUGUGCUUUGCCAUAAUGACCUAUUGUGUAAGAAUAUAAUCUACAAUGAGAAACAAGGUGAUGUACAGUUCAUUGAUUAUGAAUAUUCUGGAUACAACUACCUGGCAUAUGAUAUUGGAAAUCAUUUCAAUGAAUUUGCAGGUGUGAGUGAUGUAGACUAUAGUCUCUAUCCAGACAGGCAACUACAGGGCCAGUGGCUGCGUUCUUACCUUGAAGCCUACAAAGAAUUUAAGGGCUUUGGGACUGAAGUUACUGAAAAGGAGGUGGAAAUACUCUUCAUUCAGGUCAAUCAGUUUGCAUUGGCUUCUCAUUUCUUUUGGGGAUUGUGGGCUUUGAUUCAAGCCAAAUACUCCACUAUUGAUUUUGAUUUCCUUGGGUAUGCAAUUGUUCGUUUUAACCAAUACUUUAAAAUGAAGCCUGAAGUUACUGCAUUAAAAGUGCCUGAGUAAAGAAGAGAUUUGAUUAUUCUCAAGUAGCUGAACAAUGCUUGUGUAUCUUUUCUUAAGAAAUUUUGAAAAGCCAGUAUUUGUUAAAAUUCUGUUGUUUAAUUUGGUUAUCUUGCUUUACAAAUUAUGCCUCUAAACAACCAAUCUAUUUUUUAAAUAGACUGAAUGAUGUCAAGAAGUAUACCUUACUGCUAUCAGUAUGUGGUGGAUUAGAAGUUUGUUAAAUCUGCAGAAAGGUAUAAAUAUGUCAGUUUAAUCCUUUCUUUGAUAAUUUAAUCUAUGUUAUAUGUGAAUUAUUUAUUAUAAAUUUAACAUAAUUCUGUGACUGCUUUCAUCUGUUUCAUCUGUUGGUUGAGUGUAAGCAAUGAAAAUGUUCCUGAGAAAAUUUUUUUUAAAGUUUUACUUUAAUAAUAUUAAUUUUAGCAAAAAAUCUAGGUGUUCAGUGUAACCUUUUUAUCUUGAUACACUAUAAGAAAUAUGAAUCAUUCACUCUUGAAAUGCCAGAUACUGGUAUAGAUAGCUUAGGGUGUUCAUAGAAAAGUAUCUGUGUAUGAGGGUAAACUACAUUUACUGUCUACAUUUAGUGGUACAUCUUUUUGAAUUGAAUAUUGGAAAGUGUUUUUCUCGGGGGUGGGGAUAUAUCUUAAAAUUAAAUUCUCCUUUCCAUACAUAGUCUGGCAGUAUAAAUAUUAAUAUUUACCUAUAAUCCUGGAAUAGAUAUACAAUUUUAUGUUACCAAAAUCUGCAUUAAAUAAUGUUUUCACAUACUAAAUAUGGUCAUUUAAGUUGCUAGUUUGUUCUUAAAAUUUGAUAAUAUCACAUUUUUUUAAACCAAAAAUUUUGUUUUACUUAUUGAAAUAUUCUGUGUUUUUGUCUGUUUAGCUAGUAGAACAAAUGCUAAUUUUUGAAACAAAGAAUGAUUAUCAUACUUGGGAACAAGAAAAUAGCAUUUAGAUAGAUUCUUUUUUACCUUUCAAGAUUCAUUCCUUAAGACUUCGUUUCAUGUUUUAGUUUGGCUCCAUGUCUUUAGAGUGAUAGCAAAUGAUUACGUGAUGUAUGUAGGUUCAGAGAAAUAAAUUAAAAGCAGUUAAAAGAAAUAAGGAACAUUUAGGACAUUGAUCUGAUACACUUAAAAUCUAAGAAAAUGUGAAUUAAACAGGAAUAUUCAUGGUAGGGGGGCUUCUGUUCUAGUUUCUCUUGAUUUUGUUUGUGUAUUUUUUAUUUUGUUUGGGAAUGAAAGGGUGGCAGUUGAAGGAAGUUAGAUCUUUGCAAUAAGUAGGCUUCAUGUUUUGAAGACUGCUUGCUGCUUUGUGGAGUUGAGCAGUCAUGGUUAACUUUACUUAGAAAAUUAGUCUGACAAGCUUUGCACUUUGGUCACAUAAGUGCCCAUGUACAAAGUUGACUUAAUGAAUCUGCAUAUUCAGAAUAUGCAACUACAAAUAUAUCCUCUGAGAAAUCUUCUGGGGAGUUUGAUGUAUUAUUCCAAGUGACUUAUAUUCUCAGAUAAGUGCUUUAAAAUACUUGGAUUAUCUCAAGAUGUUUAAAGCUAAUAAAGUAAGUAGAAACACUUAAAGGCCAUUUUAAAUGGUAAAUUCUAGUUACAUAAAUAGAAUCUUAAAAUCUGCUUGUGUCUGUAACAGUGUUAGACUAAGAUUUGUUUUCUACCUCCCCAAUGUUACAAAUGUUCACUUCUGUUUUUAUAAACCAUAUUACUCUAGGAUCAAUAGAAUUUUACCUAAUUGACUGAAUGGAACCAAUUAAACAAUUAAUAGCUUUUUACAUAAUGUUAGAGUGAGCUUGAAGAAUUGUUUUUGGUGGAAUUUUCAUCUGUGGUUGGAACAUUUUCUUAGGACAAUGAAUAAUAUGUAAUAGCCUUGAUUUUUUUUUUUUUUUUCUUUCUAACUUUACUUAAAGUGCAACAGUAUAUAUCUUGGAGAACUAUGGGAGGAGAGAAGAUCAGUUUUCUACCUUACUCCAUAUUCUUCCAACUACUUUGAGUAGAGAUUCACUGAGCCUUUGCUGGUAGAUUGUGCAUAGCUGCUAGCUGUGAUACUCAGAGAGGUUCAUAUAGAACUGAAUGUAAAGGUGAAGAAAGGCUCUCACUUCAGCCCUAGGAGUAUGCAGUGGACGUGGAAACAAAAUGAGACAUUUAAGAUAUUUUCCCCACUCUGUGGCUAGAUUUUGGGUGUCAUGAUGCUCCCACAUCCUGUACAGGUUUUUGGGAUCAUGCUGCAGACUAAGAGGAUUCAAAAUUGCUUCCCUUUUUAUUAACCAUUUAAAGGAUUCUGAAGGAAAAACAUCCCUCUAAAAUUUGUCCUUUGGCUUGCUGAGAUAGUCUGUUGCCUUUUUAUGUUAAGCUAAGGAACUUGAAUGCCUUACCUAAUAACUCAGCUGGUAGUAAGUUCAUUUUGUAAAUAGCGAAAAUGGUUGUUAGAGAAGUGGCAUUCAUGUAUACUCAUUGUUGUUAGUCAAUAGACCAUAGUGGCCUGGAUGCUUUAACAAGCAAAAUUCCACAUUUUUUCCUUUUGUUCCUUACAUACUUGUAUGAUCUUACCUGACCAGUAAUACAUAUAUAUAUAUAUUUUUUUUUUCCCUCUUGACCCCAUGCUACCACCUGAUUUUCUGGAAAUCAGAGAGAUGUGGUAGUAAAUAAUACUGUUCACAUGGUCAUUUGAGAUCAACAUGAGCACAAAACUCAACUAGGUCUGCCUGGAAUGUAUAUAAAAUGGUGUAAAUAAAAAUUUGUAAAUUAGUGUGAAUUGUAUCUUGCAUAUGAGAUUGUGUAUUGUUUUGCUUUCUCUUUUGUAGUUUUUUUUUUUUUUUUUUGUAAGCAAAUGAUUCAGCUCUUUGGUUUUAGACUGGAAAUAGCCAAAAGUUCCGGCUGCACAGUGGGAUAACAAGAGGAACUGGAAAAAUAGGGUUUAUCAGUUUUUGUUAAUGUCAGUACUUAUUUAUUUAGCCUCUCAGUGCCUAAUAUGACUUCUCUUCAUUCUUUAGUUGGCCAUUAGUUUUUGUGAGAUUAGGUUCCUAUAAGCAGUAAAUUAAUACACUGCUAAAGCUCCUUUCUUUGAGUCAUGAUUCUAAGCUAAAGCAAAUUAAAAACAUAAUGUGAUGAUUGCAGACUGAAGUAUUAGCCUUUCCUAUUUUCAAGGUUGUUAACUUUUUUCCUACAAAGAAGAAAAAACCUUGAAAUUUUACAUGUCUCUGUGUGAAUCUAAAUCCCAUAUAUAUGAGAUAUGGUAAUAGCUCUUGGUUCAACUUAAGCAUAUCUCAUUUGGCUUCUCUAAAUAUGAAGUUGUUCAUUAGGGGAUUGUAAAAGAAAAGACGUAAGUCAUGAGUAAUCUUUUAAUGACUGCUAUUUUCAUCUUUGCUGAACUACAAAUAUUUAUUUCAGCUUAUAAAUAUGUUACUGAGCUUCCAGAUUUAAAGGAAAAAAAUUCCCCCAAGCACUCUCAAUUAAAAAUUAAAAACCUUCACUUUAUAUAGAUUUUCCUUUUUUAUAUUACACAAAGAUUUCUGUAUCAUUUUUAAUUCCUUCAUAAUAAGAAUGAGAAUACUAUCAGUUUGAUUUUCUGCUUUAAAUUGCUUUUAAUAAGCAUUUUAGAUGCAUUCCAAAGUGAUAGAGACUUAAGCUUCUAAUAUUAAUCAGUCAUUCAGUUGAUAGACAAAGUUACCAAUGCUUUAUGCUAGGAGGAGAGUUUUGUUAUUGGCAGCAGCUUAAACUACUUUCCUCAAAAGGCAAACACAAGUAAUUAUUAUGCACAAAGGAAAUGAAUUAUAAGUAUGUGGUAAAGCAGCUUUCUCUUUAUUUCAAAAUUGAUGUGCUCUGAUUUUUCUUCCUUAGUUCAUUAGAUUUAGAAUGUCCUUUGACUGGAAACUUAGUUACAUAUUAAAGCAAUCUGUUUGACUUUUCUUUCUUUCUUUUUUUUUUUUUAAAAGAUGUUAGUUAUAUUGAACCACCUUUUUUUCCCAGUUAUAUAUCGCUUGUGUGAUUACAGUGUUAUGUCUUGGGUUUGAUGUUUUUGGACAGAAAAGCGUAUCAGUUAUUUUAAAUGAUAUUUUUUCCCCCCAUCUUUGAAGCUUAGUCUAUAAAUGUGUUUAUAUAAAAGAAAAUGCUGGGGUUUGCAUUACUUGAAUACUUGAAAACUGAAAUUAGUAAGGUAUUUUACAUAAUGAAUUAGAUUUUUCUUUUUUUUUUUGAAUUAGAUUUUUCUGAAUACAGUCUUUAAACAAACAACUUUCAUUUCUGGAUCAUAAUUUGAAAUAGAAGGUUUCAACUCUUUGAAUGGGAAAAAAUGACAGGCUUAUAGAAAAAUACCCUUUUGUGAUUCAGGCAUCCCAAAUUCAACUUUUUUGUAGGUUUCUGUCCUAAAACCUGCUUUCUCUUUUCUCCUGUACUUAAUGCACUUACUAUGCUAUAGAUGUUAUCAAACAGCAGGUUAAAAUAAAAUCUCUGUUCAUUAUGAAUCUUUCAGCUUUUCUAGUUAUGAAAAAUUGCUCUGUAAAAUACUCUUAAUCCCUAAAUAUAGGCAUAUUUUUGUUUACAUCUUACCCAUUAAUGGUAUAAAUACCAUUAAUCAUUUUAACAAAACACAAGAUGUUUAUAAAAAUUGAAAACAUUACAUGUUGUAUUUCAACUAGUUAGUGAAGGGUAAGAAGAAGCUGGCUGAUUUGAAUUGUUUCAUUAGUUAAAUUUCAAAACUCUUUAAUAAAGGAAUUUUCAGAGAUAGGUUGAGACCCAGUAGUAUCCAUUAAACUAGCUUUUAUGACCUGGAGAAAAUGCCCAAAAAGCAAUAGAGGAGACGAGAAGAUUUACUUGCCAUGGUGUGGUGUGCUACUACUUCAAUUUAGGUAGUGACACACUGAAAUUUUUAUUGUCCAGUAAUCUGAAGAAAUUCCCUGUUGUUUAUAUGUACUAAACUAACUAUAAAUUGGUGGAAUCUGCUAAGAGGAACCUUUUUACAGCUGGGUGAAGUUUCCAUGAUAUGAAGUAUUUGAAUUUUAAAAUAUACUGUUAUCCUAAGAAAUAAGACAUGGCAUUAUUCCAUGUUCUCAAGUGAUAAUUUCCUUAUUGAGUUUCAGAAGAAAAAAACAAAAUGAGUAAUUGUCACUGCGUUAGCUGUAUGUUGAAUUGGAAAAUUGUGGCAUAAAGCUUAAAUUUGUGUUUAUCAAAUGUGAACCAUAGUAGUAUAAUGCUGCUUUGUAUAUACUGUAAGUGCUACACAUAGUCUCAGCACUGAAAUGUAUUGAUACCUCUCAAAUGAAUGCAAAUUUUGAUGUAGGUGUUUUGAUAUGCCUCAGAAAGUAUCUGAGUGUCUGAGAACUUGUUAAUGGAGAUACUUCCUGUUUUUCGUUGCAUAUUUUCAUGUUUAAAAUCUAAUUUUUACAUUUUUACUACUGUUAAUUUAAGUGUAAAAUUUGUUCUGUGGAUGAAAAUGAGGUUGCCAGUGAAGAAAACUAAAACAGCCUCAUUCAUGUAACUGCUUAGUAAAAAUACAUUUUUGCUGUAUGUUCAUAAACUUUUAAUGAAGUUGUUUGUAUUUCUGUUUGAAUAUAAGUGAUGUUUAGGCUUUAUUUCUGUUUAAUAAGGCCUUUCACCAUUGAUUAAAUGAAGGAAUGUAUCUUUUUGAAGAGAUUUAUAUUCUGUAAAUAAAAAUUGGUUGUAACAAUAAAGUUGGGUUCUAACUGCA